AGAAGACAAGUCAACCAGUUUAAUCAUGGCUGUCAAUAUCCCAGGAGUGAUAGCAAUGGUGUUCUUCUACCUGCUGGUUCUUGGAACUGGCAUCUGGGCUUCUUUCAAGUCCAAAAGGGAACAGAAGAAAAGUGCAGCCACAGGAAUGGACAUGGCAUUGCUGGGAAACCGGAGGAUUAGUCUAGUUGUAGGAAUCUUCACAAUGACAGCUACAUGGGUCGGAGGAGGCUUCAUCGUUGGAACUGCCGAGAUGGUGUACACGCCUUCUAUGGGUCUAACUUUAGCCGUGGUGAUGUUGGUAGCAUACAGCUCAUCUUUUUUUAUUGCUGGCUUGGUAUUUACCAAGCCAAUGAGAGACAGACACUGUAUGACGAUGCUGGACCCGUUCACUAUGAAGUAUGGAAAAGUAAUUACAGCUGGACUGAGCCUGGUUUCACUUUCCACUGAUGUGACCUGGGUACCCACAACACUAAUCGGUUUAGGAGCAAUCAUGAAUGUGAUAUUGGAUUUGCCUUUUGCUGUUUGCAUCUGGAUUUCGGCUGCAGUCGCUAUCAUCUACACACUGCUGGGAGGUCUCUACUCUGUGGCCUACACAGAUAUCAUACAGCUCAUCCUCAUAUUCAUUGGCCUGUGGGUCUGUGUUCCCUUUGUCUUGAUGAGCCCGUACACCCUGGACAUAAGCCAGACGUUGACCAACAACACCCUACAUGCUCCCUGGGUUGGAGAACUUGAGUUGAAAAAGACCUGGAAAAUUAUUGAUGAUUUCUUAUUCUUUGCGCUGGGAAGUCUGGGAUAUCAGUGCUUCUACCAGAGGAUGCUAUCUGCUUCUUCUGAAGCCACAGCCAAGCUCACGUGCAUUGUUGCUGCUUUUGUCUUCCUUUUAUUUGGAAUACCUCCUGUACUGCUUGGGGCAGCUGCUGCAUCUACAGACUGGAACCUGACUACCUACGGAUCUCCAUCUCCAUAUGAACGUGGGGAGUCAGCUCUUGUUCUUCCCUUUGUCCUGCAACACCUCACACCAUCAUUCAUCUCCAUUAUUGGCAUUGGAUGCGUGGCAGCUGCUGUGAUGUCAUCAGCUGACUCUGCUUUGCUCUCUGCAGCAUCUGUCUUCAGUGUCAACAUAUACCAGAACAUCAUCAGGCCUCAGGCAUCAGACAGAGAGAUUCAGUGGGUGAUUCGGGCUGCAGUGGUGGUUGUUGGCGUGGUUGGUACAUCACUCACCAGCUUUAAAAACAGCAUCCUAGUGUUCUGGUUCCUCGGUGGUGAAGCAGCCUACAUCAUUACUUUCCCUCAACUCGUCUGCGUCCUCUUCUUCAACAUCUCCAAUGGUUACGGGGCUGUUGUGGGCUUCGUGGUGGGAGUUACUCUGAGGUUACUCAGCGGGGACCAAUUACUAGGGUUUGCCCCCGUCAUACACUUUCCAGGAUGCACUCUCGAAGAUGGUGUUUAUGUUCAGUACGCUCCAGUUAAAACCAUCGCCAUGCUCUCUGCCUGUGCUGCCAUCUUGUUUUUCUCCUACCUCAGCUCUGUGCUCUUCAACAGAGGCUGGCUUCCUGAGAGGUGGGAUGUGUUCCAAGUGAAAGCCCAGCCCUCACCACAACAGCUGACACCUAUAGGUGAAACCACAGAGCACAGUGAAAAAGAGAGGCUAAAUACAAACAGCUCUCAGACAGAGGCAUCAGAGCCAAAUGGCAAAAGUUAAUAAUGUUCAUGUAUGUAUCUGUUUUCUGGAAACAUAAUGAAUACAAGUAAACAUUUGCAAUGUCAUAUUGGCCAAUGCAAUGCUUUUUUGUCACACAUAUUAUUAUUUUUUUAAAGUAAAUACUUUAUGUCCAGAUAAUGAUGUUCUCUUUAAUGGAUGCCGAAAAUGUCUAUUUUUUUAAGUGAAUGGCUGUUUGCAAAGGUACCUCCGGUCAAUAAAAAAGAAAGAAAAAUAAAAA